AUGCAGCGCAAGGCAUUUUGGAGUGCCCUGGAGUACACCUGCCGAUUGCUGGGCAUCUCCACUGCAGCAGUGCUGAUCGGUGUGGGCAUAGAAACUCUGCAGCGAGGACAAUUUAAAAGCCUGGCUUUCUAUCUGCUUUUUUCAGGGGUUGCAGUUACUGUCUGCGAAGGCUUCUUCUUUAUCAGUUUGUUCCUGGAGAUGUGCUUCACUCACAAGCCUGAAUUCCUGGCACAGGCCUUCUGGAAGCGAGCUAGAUGCCCAGGGAGCUUCCAGAAAUUCCUGGGCUACACUCUGCUCUCAGUGGCUUGCUUCCUGCAUCCCGUCCUCGUCUGGCAUGUCACCAUCCCUGGCUCCAUGCUGGUGCUCACUGCCCUGGCCUACUUCCUGCUGAGCAAGAGGAGGAAGAGCCCAGGGCACAAAGACAUGCAUCCCCAGGCAGGUCAGUACGUGGACCCUUCAGCCACUGAGGCAGCCCCAACCAUCAUUGGUGACACUGAGCAGACCUACACCUUCCACGGGGCCCAGAGGGAGCAGCACCGCUCGCUUCUGGGCCAUAUGAAGAGCAUCCUGAAGGGCAGCAAGGACAGCAGCUCAGCCCCAGAAACUCCUGUCCAACCAGCAGCCGUGCCCGUCCCUCGCAAGCAAGUGCACUUUCAGGAGAAGGUGGUGCAGAUCAUCCCCUCUGUCAGCGAGGACUUGGAGGAUGUGGAGAGUGAGGCUGAGGAGACCACAUCGGACACAACACCCAUCCUCACCUCACCUGAUGCCCCCAUCAUCAUCGCCCCUCUCAGCUCUGCCGGCCUCUUUUGA